GUAACUUUGAUUGUUGGUACUGAUGGUCCGUAGCUUGUUGGGGUUUUGUGUCAUCCCAGAUAACUACAAUCAUAAUGAUAGGCUGGGCAGCUGCUAUGCAUUGCAUACGAGUACGUAACACGUAUUGUCGUCGUGGUGAUGAGCAUUGCACCGCUAAGACAAUGUGGUCGCCGAGACCUUUGGAGGCUUCCUGCCAUCAGCGCUCAUGUCGUAUUUUCCAUUCCUUUGAGCGUAUUUGUUUAUUAUUUCUCCAUCACGUAUUCCCAACAGCCAACAAACUGCAUCAUUUAUAUACUCCUAACUACAUCGUCCGCUGAGCUGACUGGAUGAGCCUGCGAUGCCCCAGUUGCCGCUCAAAGUUAAACCAGCAUGGCUCUCAUCGCUACAACCUAAUCGCGACAAGGAUCCUCCGCUGUUGGCCGCCUCCCCUCAGUCCAGUCCACAUCCAAAACAAAACUCUCCAUUACCCGGUAAAACCUCACAGCCAGCCAUUCGUGCCACCACACCGGGACUGCCAGCUACGCGUACAACAAAAACCCAGCCAGCGUUGGUGAAAAACGUAGUGGCAAAUGCUAAAUGUCUUGGCCCACAUACAAAUACGGCCAAUGGCCGUUUGUCACCUUUCUCGUCACUCGAUCGCGCUGCAACGGGAUCACCUGGGACGAAUCAUCCGUCAGCUGGAAACGAAAACGAAAAAAAUCAAAUGUCAGCCAGGGAUAUGAGCACCAUGCCAAGGGCUGUUAAAGUCAGCGAUAACGUGCGCUCCAUAAUACCUGCUCAUAAGGGCAUCGAGUUGACCUAUGAUCAGCGCAUCUUAGGCUCCUUCGGUAUUGAUGUAAGGGAAAAAAUUGGUGAGGGUGUCUACGCUAAAGUCAGACUCGGGGUGGAUUUAUUUUCCGGCAAACCAGAAAGUCUAUCGAAAUUUGCGGUUAAAAUCAUCGACAAAGAAAAGGUCACGAGUCGGUUUAUCGAGAAUUUCCUCGAUCGAGAGUUGGCAGUGUGGUCAAAAUUAACUCAUCCUGGAAUUACACAGUUUUAUUACUAUACCGUCACUCCGAGAAAAGUCUAUAUGGUUCUGGAAUAUAUGAAUGGUGGAGAUCUCUUAACGUAUGUACAAAACUUGAAAAGCUUGCCAGAAAAACAGCAAGUAGUUUGCUGGGCUUGGCAGUUGGUCAAUGCUAUCGAGUACAUUCACGCUCUGGGUGCAGCUCACAGGGAUAUUAAAUUGGAAAAUAUUUUGAUGGAUGACACACGGAGUGUGUUAAAACUGACCGAUUUCGGAUUUUCAACGGAUGAUGCUGCCAGAUUGAGCACAACAUUUUGUGGUUCAAAAGCUUAUGCUGCCCCAGAGCUAAUUCGGGCAGUUCCAUAUAGCCCCCAAGCUGUGGAUGUUUGGGCACUGGGAUGCGUGUUUUUUGUUUUCGUUAACGGGAUAAUGGCAUUUGAUGAGACAGUGGAACAGUCCGUUUUACUAUAUAACCAACGAAAUCGCGUGUACGUUUGGAGAAAUCCAAGAAAUCACUCAUCUGCUGCAAAGAGGAUCAUUGAAAAUAUGUUGACUUGUGACUGGAAGCUGCGCCCAACAACCUCCCAACUGCGGACCGAUCCAUGGAUACGUAGCGGAGCAAUACCAUUGCGGAAUUAAUUCUUCGUUUGAACUGUUUCAUGUAGCAUUAACAGAAUAAAUUGGACAUCUCAGAGUUCAGACUGCUUCGAUCGAACUCCGAUAAUAAUAUUCUCAAAUAAGCGUUUGUUCAGUCAGCACACUGCUCAUCCACCUCGUUAAGCACAGGGUAAAUUAAA